UUGAGCUGAUACCAUUCGAAGAAACGCCUCAAUGCUCCGACCGAGCUCACUGCGAUCAACCUCUUCCCCUCGAGUCCUCUUCUCCUCCUCCCAUGGCGUCGCCCGCCGCCCCCUCGCCUCCGCCCCUUCGCCGCUCCCUCCGCCGGAGUGGAUCGAGCCCUUCCUCGACGUCUCCGACCUCACCCGCCACCGCGGUGACCCCCGAAACCCCUCCCCGUGGUUCCCCCGCGUCGUUUCGCUCGUCCUCGCUUCCGCCCCCGGCUCCCUCCCCUCCGACCUCGCCUCCUUCUGCCGCAGGUUCCUCAUCCGCCUCUCCCCCGCCUUCGUCUCCCACUCCCUCCGCUCCUCCGACCUCCGCCACCGCCCCGACCUAGCCCUCGCGUUCUUCCGCUGGGCCGCCACCCAGAAGAAGUACCCCGGCCACAACCUCGACUCCUACGUCGCCCUGAUCGACAUCCUCUCCUCCUCCGACAAUAAAGAAACCAGUCGGAUCAAGGAACUCAUAGCCGAGAUCAGAGCCCGCGGGAAUCUCCUCCCGGCGGCACCAUCUGCAGCCACUUGUCUCAUACGGAGCCUGGGGUCCGCCGGCAUGGUGGAGGAGUUGCUGUGGGUCUGGCGAUGGAUGAAGGAGAGUGGGGUCGAGCCGUCGCUCAUGUGUUACAACUGUUUGUUGGAUGGGCUGGUGAAUUCGAUGUUCGUGGAUUCAGCGGAGAAGGUCUUUGAAGCGAUGGAGGCGAACAGAGUUCGGCCUGAUGUAGUUUCCUACAACACGCUAAUCAAAGGUUACUCGAAAGUAGGAAGGACGCAGAAAGCAGUUGAUAGGUUUGUGGAGAUGCAGGAGAAGAAGAUCCAGCCAGAUAAGAUUACGUAUCUAAGUCUGAUGCAAUGCCAUUACUCGGAUGGGGAAUUCCAUGAAUGCUUGGUGCUGUACCAUGAGAUGGAAGAGAAGGGAUUGGAGAUUCCGACUCAUGCAUACAGUUUGGUGAUCAGUGGAUUGUGCAAGGAGGGGAAGCCAUUCGAGGGAAUGGCGGUGUUGGAAAGCAUGGUUAGGAGAGGUUGCAAGGCUAGUGUGGCAAAUUAUACUGUUCUCAUUGAUUCUUUUGCGAAGAGCAUGAAUGAGGAUCAUGCUAUGAUGUUGUUUGAGAGGAUGAAGGAUGAUGGACUUGAGCCAGACGAAGUCACUUAUGGGGUGACAAUUAACUGCUUGUGCAAGGCUGAGAAGCUGGACAAAGCCAUGGAAUUGUUUAAAUUCUGCAAAGAGAAUGGUGUGCUGGUGAAUGCAAUCUUCUACUCUAGCCUUAUAGAUGGGUAUGGGAAAGCUGGGUUAGUUGAUGAGGCACAAGGGCUUUUCAAUGAGAUGAUAGAACAAGGUUUUGUGCCAGAUUCAUACUGCUAUAAUGCCCUUAUUGAUGCAUUUGGAAAAGCAGGAAGGAUCAAUGAAGCUUGUGCACUAUUCAAGAGAAUGGAGAUGGAGGGCUGUGAUCAGACAGUUUAUACAUACACUAUACUCAUGGAUGGGUUGUUUAAGAAACACAAGAAUGAGGAGGCCCUGAAGCUGUGGAAUAUGAUGAUCGAUAAGGGGAUAACUCCCACCCCUGCAGCUUUCCGUGCCCUUUCAAAGGGCCUGUGCCUUUCAGGAAAGUUCACCAGGGCUUGUAAAAUACUGGAUGAACUGGCUCCUAUGGGAAUAGUGCCUGAGACGGCCCAUGAGAAUAUGAUCAAUGUGUUGUGUAAAGCAGGGCGAUUUGAGCAAGCUUGCCAACUCGCAGAUGGAAUCAUAGGUAAAGGUCGUGAGGUGCCGGGAAGAGUUCGAACCAUUAUGAUCAAUGCUCUGAGAAAAGCUGGAAAUGCUGACUUGGCUUUCAAAUUGGUUCACAGUAACAUUGGUAUUGGUUAUGACAGAUAUGGCAGCAUUAAAAGGAGAGUUAAGUUCCAGACUCUGUUGAAUUCAUAGUCAUCCACGCUUAUUGGAUGUUUGAGUGGCAAACUGCAAGUCCGAUUUAAAUCUUGAAUCCUUUUUGUUAAGCUAAAUCAUACCCUGUACAAGACCCAAAGUAGGGGAGAGGGGUUAAUUGGACUGACUUUUUGGAUGAACCAUAUCGUGAGGGUAAGAUGUUCAAGUCACAUGAAAUCAGCAUCUGAUAUGGGCUUGCAUCUAGAUUUCAUUUCUAUUUGAGAAUGAUAGGUGCAUUAAGGAUAUCUUAUCAUGAUAUAACUGGAAAUGGGCAUACUUAGAGCCUGUAAAUCAGUUGUAUUAUUUAGGGAGAGUUAUAAUAGCAUUUCAAUAAAAUUGGAAACCGUGCAAGCAACUUGGGCAUCAAGGUUCAGGUCACAAAACAAUUUCUUUGCAUGCAACAGCAGGGUCUGAAGAUAUAGCUUCCCUAGACCCCCACAUUUCCAGGAGCCUGAUACACCAGGCUGCUAUGCCUGAUACACCAGGCAUCCAUGGUGACAGGCAAGCCAUUAGCUAGUUUGAGCUGUGUGGUAAUGUGUUUCUUGGUGGGUUCAAUCUAAUGAUCACUUUCUUCCAUCGCUACCUGCCAACUUAUGAAUAUAUGAGAUGGUCAGGAGGAUUUCUAGUGAAAAACUUGCUAGUCAGCAUAUAUGGCAUCAAGCAAUACUUGCUUGGAUUCUGGGAAUCGUGCUGUUAAUAUAGAAACUAUACGGUUCAAAAUUGCACAAAAUCUGGGCUGUUGAACUGCUAAAGCUUAGCACAGGAUUCAUUCAAUGAAAAGGAUGUGUAGCAAACUGGAAAUUGUUCUACAGUAUCAAAAACUUCAAAUCAUGGUAACAGAUUAAAGAUAUAUGGUUCUUGGUUAAUGCUGAACUAAGUAAACUCGAUUGUUAUGCUUCUCACUUUCUUGUCACAAAAGGAAUGCCAUCUUUCAGCCCCUUAUUUGUUUAGUAAUCAUUUAAUUUAUAUCUCAAGGUCUGUUCUCCCUCUUGUAGCUCAAUUAUCAGCAUUUGCAGGGAGACGUAAUCAUCUGUUUCUACAGAGGAUAAAUUCUUUUGUUUGAAAUACAUCUAUAAAUUCCAAGAUUCUAAUUAUUGCAAUCAAGUACCUCAUUCUUGUAUCUUUUUCCAAAAUUUAAGUCAUUCUUGUAGUUGUUUGGACUUUGCAAUUUGCAUAUUGUGUAAAUUCAUUUGUACUUUUGGAUGAAACCAAGGUUUGUUGUGCAGCCCGAGUCGAUACGGUAUGGGCGGUACAUACCGGUUAGACUCAUCACGGGGACACGGCUUGCUCGGGUCUUUAUCGGCACGCCUCAAUAUACCAUGUGUCAGUAUACUGGUACAGAUCGAUGCAUACCGUGUUGACAAAUCUUCGAGAUGGGUUUGGUACCCGAAAUAGCGAAACCUAGAUGAAACGUUUAUGUUUUUUUUCUCAAUAAGUUCAUUAGAAAUAAAAAAAGAUGCUCAUUUUCUGUAAGAUGUGUAAUCCUUGGAAUAUCUUGUUGUAUCCGUAUCGGAUUUGUUAUAUGCAUUAACUAGGAUGUGUUAGAUACUUCCACGAAGUAUCUGACGUUUUUAAUAAUUUUUGAAAAUACAGGACAGUUUUAACAUUCCUAAAGAAUACUUUUGUGGAUACUUAUUGGGAGAGUUCUUUUUGUUUUUUUGUUUUUCUCCUUUUGAUUGUUGAUCUUUUGUUUCUAGACUAGGUGUAUAUGUUGGAUUUAUUUUCAUCCAUUUUUAAAAUCUGAAUGAUGUAUAUUAACAUGUUUUGUGUAUUUUAGCAUCUCUAAGACUUGACUUUCUAAUGACGUUGGUGUGGCAUAGAACUAGCUUUAUGAGGAUGCUGCUUAUCCAUAACACUUUAAGAACGUACCAGCUGAAAUAGGGAGUUCUACCUUAAUACUUUUUUUUGUAAAAAAAGCAGUGGAACCUUGGAUGAUCAUCUCAAUAGCUUCAUAUUAACUAUAUGAUAAAAUGCUUUUAGGAUCUGUAUUGUAAAAAAGAUGGAUUUUGGUCAAAUGAGAUUCAGGGAAUUGUGCUGAUAUAAAUAUUAUGCAUUGUCUUGUUAUCUUGUGUUCUGGUAAUUUUUGUGCUACCUAGGAAUCCCAAUUCUUCAGUCUGCAAAUGUUUGCUUAUUGUGGCACUUUUUUGUUUUUUGAAAUCUAAUUGGAUCAUGCUUAAUCCUAGGAGCCUCUGCAUCAGCGAUCAUUGAGAAAGCAUACAACAGGUUAUCAUUAGCAAUGGCUGUUUAGUGUUUGCUGCGCAAUGCUUUUUUAAUAUUGCCAGUCCACCAUUGAUUGACAAACUUUAAGUCCUAAGCUACAAAGCAUCACAAGAGAAUUCUUGUUGCUGGUUGAAGUUGAAAUUUAAUACAAAGCAUCGCGAGAGAAUUCUUGUUGCUGGUUGAAGUUGAAAUUUAAUUUGAUCAGUGAAUUUAGUAAAUAAUCAAUCAGGAUGAAGACAAAUAUCCCUAAUAAAACAAAACAAAUUUUAGCUAUAAGCCCAACAGUCCUUACCAUAUAAAUUAAUAACAGGACUUCUCUUGUUAGAGCCUGAUCUUUUAAUAUUAGAUUCAGGAUAAACACCUUAUUUCUAUUUUGUACAUUAGGAUUGAAUCCUGCAGAAUAAAUAAAUGUUUUCAACUGUGAAACCUAAACCAACUAAUUUAAGCAGUCGCUUUUGGAUGGCAAGAGAAAGAACAUAACAUUGUUUGUGAUUGUAGUGUCUUAAUGUGCAUGCAAGAUGAUGAGGAAGAAUCAUAUUGGAGACAUUUAACAUUGUCAAGUUAUCAAUAUGGAAAAUGAAGCCAGAUUAACUCUGAAUAUUAAUGUCUUAAGACUGCAUUAACAGGCAAAGUUAAGUUGGCGAGCUCUGAACUGAUGGUGAAAGAACUGAAGCAACAUAAAAUAACCAGUAAUGCAAGACUGUAUCCAAAUAAAGCACAAGUCCAGUUCUUUGUUAUAGUUUAACUAGGUUUCCUUAUUUUGAUUCCCUAUAUAGGCUAUAUUUGCUUGAUUUCCUCCAGAGCAACCAUCAUCAAAGUUGAGGGAAUACCCAAGUGGAUCAUAUUGAAGCUUGAUCCUUCUUUUACUAAUCACUUUCCUAAUCCUUGCUCUUAUUUUCCAAAAGAAACUUCUUGGUUGCUUCAUACUGCAAUGACUGACACAUGCUACCCUUCUUGCCCAACUCAUAUCUGAUGCUUGAUUGAUUUGCUAGGCUGCUGCCUGUUGACAACAAUGAAUGAAAGACUUCCAAUUUUGGGACUUGGGUGGACUUUUAUGAACUAUUUCUGCUUGAUGUUUUUCGACAUGAUGCUUGCUGGUAAAAAGCAGUUGGUUUGACCAGUACUGCCUAUUAUUUUGUGAGAUGCCAGAAGUUCAUGGAGUCUCGGACACUGAAAAAAUGGAAAGAAAAACUCAAGAUUUUGGACUUGAAGAUUGAAUUGAAGUAAAUGAAAGAUUAGGAACACUUGCUUACCAGAUUGACAGGAAAGGAGCUUUCGUGACUUUACACAGAGUCCCAUCCAGCCACUGGGAUUGUCUAUUUUUCCAGUUGUGAAGCGUCCAUGAGCUCAGUAUGUGUUUCUUGGAUCAUUUAUAGAACAACAGCCUUGGCUUGCUUUCUUGCGGGAAUGAAAAUGUGGAUAUGAUUCCAUUAGCACUCAAACAAGCAGAAGUCCAAAAGGAAUAGCUGAAGUUUCAGUAUAUGUUUUGAGCCUGUGACAUCUGAAAGGACACUUUAGAAAAUUUGUUUUUAUCAAUUUGGUGCAGACAUAGGGAAAUGACCCACCAAAUGUUGUUCAUUAGCCAAUUUGUCUUGGUGAUGGUUGCUAGGCAAACUUUGCUGCUGCCGUAGCAUGAGACCUGUGAUCAUGAGUGGAUUCUCUUUUCAUGUUGCAUCAAAUCAUAAACUUUGUCUCCUUUUCCAUUCCUUGGCUCCUCCCUCGGCUCCAGGCAGCAGCAAGAUAAAGAGAAAAUAAUGUCCUUAUCAGAGAAGGUAGGCAAAAGAAGCUUUUGAAGAUGUGCCUAGAUUCCCCUUGCUACAGUAUCUACUCUUCAGUGCAGAUGUUGCAUGUCUUAGCCUCUUGGUGCUAUAUGGCCUGAGGAUAGAAUGCUCUGACUACCUGGUGGUAGGAUAUGUCAUGUCAUGUCUUCCAAGCUUUUUCCAGCCUGCAUGAAUUGUACUUGCUUGGCAUUCCUAGUUGACUGGCCUGUUAGUGCUCGGGAUGUGGUUUAAUUUUCAUGUGUUUGUUGUACUUAUUGGGGAACUAAACAUCUGAAAACAGGUCAUCGUGCCAGAAAUUUGGACUCGACUGCACAAUUUGUCACAGAAAAGCUGCAAGCAAGCAAGUACUGGUUGUAUGGAUUUGUUUCUUCUGAGGAUUUGUCGUAUUUUGAGCAAGCAAAGUACAGUUGUUGUUUAUAACAGCCCAGCCGCAAUUCCUGUGAAACGAAAAGGGGGUCCUUUCCAGCUUAUUUCAUGAGCAUGGUAUGGUAUGCAUAUGAUGUGGCCUCAUGUAUUAUUUUGCUACGUGCUCUUGUAGAAAAUGUGAAUACCAUCGAUAAGAUUAAAUGUGUUUCUAUU